AUGGGAGGUGUGCUUGAUAAGGAUGGAUCUCCCGAUGCUUCAAUCCCGAAGACAAAGAUUGAGGCCAAAAUUAUCGAGGCAGUGCGAAGGAGAGAAGUUCAAGGGAGUUCUAUGACAGCAUUUAACAGCAUUAUCUUAAAGUUCCCAAAGAUUGAUGAGAGCUUUAGGAAGUGUAUAUCAACAUUUGAAGAAUUUGAUGAGGAUGGAAAUGGUUCGAUAGACCCACAAGAACUGAAAAACUGCUUCCACAAGCUAGAGAUCAACUUCACCGACGAGGAGAUUGAUGGGCUGUUUGAGGAAUGUGAUAUAAAUGAUGAUAUGACAAUAACAUUUAAUGAAUUUAUUGUUCUCCUUUGCCUCGUUAACCUUCUGCAGAAAGAUCCUGCUGCUGAGAACUGUAAAUCUCAGGUAGGAGGGCAGAGUCUCAAGGCUACUUUUGAAACAUUAGUCGAUGCGUUUGUGUUUUUAGAUAAGAACCAGGAUGGUUAUGUGAGCAAAAAUGAGAUGGUUCAGGCCAUUAAUGAAACUACUGCUGGAGAACGCUCUUCUGGGAUGAUAGCCAUGAAGAGGUUUGAGGAGAUGGAUUGGGACAAGAAUGGAAUGGUAAACUACAAGGAGUUCCUUUUUGCUUUUACUCGUUGGGUUGGCAUUGAUGAAAAUGACGAUGAAGCUGACAAAGAGGACGAUAGUUGA